AUGGACUUCAACACUUCCGCAAAAUCGGAAGUGCCCCACUCGGAGCAUAUCUAUAUGAUUUGCCAGAGAUCCGGCACUGGCGUUCUUACGCUUCUCAAUGGCAAAGUGAUCCUCUCGGACGGUAUGAAUCCACAUGGGGCUGCCCACUGGGCAUGCGAGACCAAGUCCGGCUACUUAGGAUUCCGCAACACUGCAGCCGGCUGCUACCUUAGCCACGACGGAGGUGUCAAUAUCGUCACAACGAGAAAUUUCUUACCAUUUGAGAUGUUCAACAUUAGUCCUCACCGGAACGGCGGAUAUAUGCUGCUCUCACCGUAUUACUGGUUUGCGCAGAAGAAGAUUGCCAUUGCUGAGAACGGAGAGAGUUUAAUCCGUCAUGACGCGGCUGGUACAGCAUGGGAUUUUGUUCGAGUUGAUGGCAAAAGCUGUUGA